AAAAAAAAAAAAAAAAAGAAGGGAAAACGGCAUUUUGCCUUCUUCCUUCUCAAUGCCCCUUUUCGUCAUCUUUUUCGCAUUCGUGGAGCCUAAGGGAUGGAAUCGACGCUGGUGAAUUGGGAGGCUUUGGAUUCCCUUGUUAUAAGUUUCGCCAAAUCCGAGCACUUAAUCGAAGACUCGUCCGCCCUGUCUCCCCCCUCCUCUCCUUCCUCUUCUUCCUCGUAUCAGUAUCGCCUUCUCAUCCGUCAGAUCCGCAGAAGCAUCGAGGCGGGCGACGUCGAUAGCGCUAUUUAUUUACUGCGGGAGCACGUGCCGGUGGUGCUAGAUGACCACCGGAUCCUCUUCCGGCUUCAGAAGCAGAAAUUUAUCGAGCUGUUGAGGAGGGGGACUGAAAGGGAUCGGGAUGCCGCCAUACAGUGCCUUCGUCUGGCUCUUGCUCCUUGCGCGCUCGAUGCGUACCCGGAAGCAUAUGAAGAGUUCAAGCAUGUUCUUUUGGCAUUGAUCUUUGAUAAAGAUGACCAGUCUUCUCCUGUGGCAAAUGAGUGGUCGGAAAGGAGAAGAUUUGAUCUUGCUGGAUUUUUGUCAUCCAUACUAAGGGUUCAAUUACAGGCUUAUGAUCCAAUUUUUUUGUUGACAUUGAGAUACCUUAUAUGCAUCCAUAAAGUAUUUUGUCGUGACCGAGGCAUUUCAUCUCCUAUCACAGAUCUUACUGAGAGGUUGCUCUUUGAGGAGCGUGAUCCCCCUGCAAUUCCUCGGGAGAGUUUGCUUGAAGCACCUCCAUUUGAUGAGGUUGAUAUACAAGCCCUAGUACAUGCUGUGGAAUUAACAAGACAGGGUGCCGUUGAUAGCCUGAGAUUUGCCAAGGGGGAUCUAUUUCAGGCAUUUCAGAAUGAGUUGUGUCGGACAACACUUGACUUUUCAGUACUUGAUGAGCUGGUUCACGAGUACUGUAUAUACAGAGGAAUUGCAGCUUCUGCCACCAUGUCUUCAUCAGCUGAUCCUGCAAGUACUUCUUCCAGGGAUUGUAUAUCUCCUAUAUCUGAUGGUGAAGCCUCGAUUAAUAAUGUUGGUUCAGAUGGGGUUCACGAAAUUAAUAUAGACCAUGCAAGCAUACGAGAGAAUGGCUCUGAUAUGCAUUGUUCAUCAGAAAGGACAACCAACUAUGAAGAUUGCAGCACCAGUACUGCAAGCCAUCUGCAGAGCUGCUCUAGAAGGCUAAGAAGAAGUAGAUAUGAUGCAUCUUGGGAACGAAGGAGAAAGAGAUGGAGAGGGAGGGUUGAUCCUCUGGAACUUAGUUCUGAUAUUUCUAUCACUGACAAAAGCAAUCAAAAUGCCACGCCUUCAGCUCUUGAUGCCUCUGGACAUAAAUGCAAGGAAGAGAAAGUCUUCAGGAAUCUUUCUUCCUUUCACAAUUCCAGUAUCAUCGUUGUCCGCAAGUGUGAAAUUGUAUUGGAGAUGAAGGAGCUUGCCAGUAAGGGAAUGGUUGCAGAAUUAGUUGAGGAAGUGAAUGCCAUGGAUCCUGAGUUUUUCACUCUUAAUCCUAUGUUGUUAUUCCAGUUGAAGCAGGUUGAAUUUUUUGAACUUGUAAAUAACGGUAAUAUUCAACUAGCUCUCAAGGUUGCUUGCACUCAUUUGGGUCCCCUUGCCUUAAGCAAUCAAGAUUUGGUGAAGCCCUUGAAAGAGACAUUGUUGAUUCUGUUGAAACCUAAUGAAGAUGCACUUAGAAAAGGAAUCCCUUUGUCCGCACUUGCAAAUAAUCUCCAGGUUGCUAUGGGUAGGAGGCUUGGUAUCGAAGAACCUCAACUUAUGAAGAUAAUGCGAGCAACGCUUCACACACACAAUGAGUGGUUUAAGCUGCAGAUGGGAAAGGAUAGAUUCGAAGAGUUCCUUAAAAUAGACCGUCUUAAAGAAGUCAAUGCGCACUUUAAAGGUGAUAUUAUGACUGAGGUACAUGCGGAUAUUUCAGUCCGUGGUUUUUCCCAGAGCACCUCCAGUUCAAGUAACAAGCUGUCAGAGGAUAACAACAGUCCAUCGCAAGCCUCCUCAAAUGAAAGCCUGUAUGAUGAAAAUGCAAUAAUUAAAAUUAUGGAAUUCCUGGCCUUACCAAGGGCUGAAGCAAUUCAUCUUCUAAUACAGCACAACGGGAAUGCUGAGACUGCCAUUCAACAGAUGUUUUCGUAGCCUUUCACUGUACAGUUGUAAACUAUGUUUCAAAGAAAAAUUACUCAUUCAAUAGACACGCCAUUGUUGGUGUGGUUCAGGAUUUCUUUGUUCCUCAUGACAUCAACAUUGUGCGAUAGUGUAUAAUUCUUUGUAUUAAUAUUUCCAUCAGUUCUUUCACAUACAGUUUAUCGCUGGUAAGUUGUACAUUAGCUUGUAUAUUAUAGCUGGAGAGGAAUCUGUAAAUCAUGAAAUGAAACUAUUGUUUAUAUUCUGAGUUUUCUAUCAUAAGCAAAAAAAAAAAAAA